GUAGGUGAAUAAUGUGAGAUACUUGAAAAUGCUUUAAGGACAAAACAGCCUACAUCCCAUCCGUCUUUAGGGUUUCAUUUAUUUUGUUGGCAGCUCAUUCCUUAAAACAGAAGCCUCAGAUUGCUGAUAAUAAGAGGAAAUAUGAAGGUUGCAUUUCAAGCUUAUUAUAGAAAUAAGUUAUUGUUUUUUUUUUUAAUCAACUAAGAUUGGUUAGAAAAUGUUUUCAAUUCUAAAUGACUGAUUUUAUUUGAAAACUGGGCUCAUUAAUAUAUUUGAACAUAUAUAUAUUUGAUAAGUACAAUAUAAGACAAGCAAAAGUUUAAGUUGUAGGCCAUAUUGCAUUAUACUUUUAGAAUUUGCAGAGGGCAGAUUCAACAUGGCCUGCGGGCCGCAUUUGGGCCCGGGGCGUAGUUUGGACACCCCUGCUAUAAAGGGUACAAUCUGUAAUUACUCCAAACAACUCUCAAAGAGAGUGCAUACAAUAACAUACAAUUGUAUUAACACUCUCUUACACAAAGUAUUCAAACUGCUGCUUUGGGUUUCACUUCUACUUCUACUAUUUGUUUCCCAUAAUUUUAGCAUGGGUUUUAGGUGUCAUGCCGUAAGCCUGCAUUUCCCAGAAUUCUUAUCUCCUGCACACCUCGACCAAUAAGCAGUCAGUUGUUUAUUGGGCGCAAAAUAUGUCUGUGUCUUGUCUACACGAUUCCUGCAGAGACUAAGCAGUUUAAUGAACGAAUUACAACCCACCUGGAAGACAAACUCAGCACGAGCCAGCGGCCACUUGUCUCACCCCGUGUCGCGAGCUAUGAUGAAGAAACUAGCUUCUGCUAACUUGGCGAACUGAGCUCCGACUGCUGUGCUAGCUAACGCUUGCUAGCUCAGACUGUCAACAACAAUGUCUAGUCUUCCACAAAAUAACUUGGAGGAGCAGCUGGCGAGGCACAGCACUGCUGCUCAGAGCAAGCUGUCUCUGGCUAAACCCAAACCCGGGGCCUUCUCCUUCAAAAAGAAGUCUUCAUCAGGUACAACAAAGGUGGAAGUGCCAACUAAGGUAAUCAGCUGUAAUAUUUUGACAAACAGGAAUUUCAAUGUACCUGAGAACAUUUUGGUGACUAAGUCUCCUCUGACAUUUUCAAAAAAGCUUGAAGGCCCUCAAAAAUCCAAAAUCAACAACUUCUUCCCUGUAAGUUCAAACGGCAAGUCGGACUCCCUUAGCCCAGCAGGCAACUGUGCUCCUGUAGGCCAGCCUUCUCCAGCAGGGUCUGUUUUUAAGGUGACGACAGCUCCCACUAAAUCUGACAAUCAGACAAGUUGCAAUGGAGGCAUUUCCACAAGUCUGGAUGCUUCUCUUGGAUUCUCGAUGGAUGACUGGGAUGAUUUUGAUGACUUUGAGACUCCAGUCAAAGCAAAAAAUGUCUUCAGUUCAGAAAUGUCCCGAAAGAGUGCCCAUCCAGCGUCACCCCUAAGCGAGGAAAAAAGUUUAGCAAACAACAAUGUUCUUUCCAAAAGUGGACAAACUCAUAUGGAAACGGAUAAUAUGGAGAAAGCUGCAGCUUCACCAAGACCUGGAUCCCCAGAGAUUGAAUUUGAGGCUUCUCCAGUUAGAGCGACCAGAAGACGUCCUCGUGCUCAUCGGAAGUCUGUGGUUAGUCACAGUGAGGAGGACAAUGUUGAAGUGCUUGAGCCUUUUAAAGGAAUGGCAGGCAAUAAAAACAAAUGGAUUGACCCAAAGGUGAUAAAGCUUGAUGACUCAGAGCCUGAAGAGGAUCUUGAUUAUAUUCCCCCGUCUCCGAUCCCUGAUGACAUCUCUUACCAUUCUACCUCUGCACUGGAGACCAGAUCUAAAUCGGCUAAUUCUGUAAGCAAAGACAGUCCUUUGCAAUUGAAGGGACCCCUCACAACACUACAUCAACCCUCUGACACCUACUCAAAAGACAAUACGAAUGAGCAGCUCUUCAGUAUCAUGCAGUCCAUUUGUUCUCUGGUGGACACCAUCCCUGAACAUGAACUAAUAGCUCUGUCCUGUGGAUGUGAGCUUCUGCUGAAGAGGGCUCAGAGGAAGAGGAUUAUUUUAACCGAUGGCGGUUCAUUGAGGACGCAGCAGCCUGACAGCACUGUGAUUUCGGAACCCAGCUUUAAAGAUAAAUUGUCUUUGAGCUGUGAAACGUCUAGCAUCAUGUCAUCCAGCAGCUCAGUGCCCGCGGACCCUAAGAUGCUCCCUCAGUUAAGGAGAUCUUCAAUUAUCUCUGUGGACUAUGACUCUGAUCACUCUGACAGUGUUAUCAACCAGAAGGCCUUGCACAAAAACAGCGGGACAAUAAAUGGGAAAAAUCGGACUUUGUGUGAUUCUCCAUCGGCCUACAGCCUCGCAAGCCCAGCGUUUAAUUUUUCUAACAAAACAAGCACAGACAUGGAUGGUUCGGAUCUCUUCUUCUCUCCCAAAAGGCCAGAGCCAGUUCAGAACAAAUCUAAGGCACCAGCAGCCAGUUCAUUGGCAGAAGACAUGGAGGACGACGACUUUUACAAUGACUACUUUGACAUAGACGAUUUUAACGACUCAGAUAUCCCUGAAUACUUUGACGAACCUCCAAACUCCAGCUCAUUGACAACAAUGGUGAAGGAGGGGGGACCAAGCAAGUCUUCAUGGGACAAAAAACCAACAACACCUGCUCCCACGCCGAAGCCUGCAAAGGUCUGCUCUCCUGAACCCACCUACAGAAACCCAGCCCAUGAUCGCUUCAGAGGGUUCAACUUCCCCCACUCACAGGAGAUGAUGAAGAUAUUCCACAAGCGCUUUGGUCUUCAUCAGUUCAGGUUUAACCAGCUGGAAGCGAUCAAUGCAACCAUUCUGUCUGAAGACACGUUUGUUUUGAUGCCCACAGGUGGGGGUAAAAGCCUGUGCUACCAGCUGCCUGCCUGCGUGUUACCGGGGGUCACUGUGGUCAUCUCCCCUCUCAAGUCACUCAUUGUAGACCAAGUCCAGAAACUCACUACUCUGGAUAUCCCAGCAACGAGCCUGAGUGGUACAAUAACUGACAGUGAAGCGGGAAAGACUUAUAUGCAGCUCUCACGGAAAGACCCCAUCAUUAAACUUCUCUACGUCACCCCUGAAAAGCUGUGUGCCAGUAACAAGCUGAUCUCCGCCCUGUACAACCUGUACGAGCGAGGCCUUCUGGCCCGCUUUGUCAUAGACGAGGCCCACUGCGUCAGUCAGUGGGGUCACGAUUUUCGCCCGGACUACAAGAGGUUGCAUGAGCUGCGUCAGAAGUACCCCAAAGUCCCGAUGAUGGCGCUGACGGCCACUGCCACCCCCCGAGUUCAGAAAGACAUCCUCAACCAGCUGAACAUGACUCUGCCGCAGGUGUUCACCAUGAGUUUCAACAGAACAAACCUGAAGUACACUGUCCUUCCCAAGAAACCCAAAAAGGUUGGAGAGGAAUGCACCUUGUGGAUAAAGAAGAACUACCCACGAGACUCUGGCAUUGUGUACUGCCUGUCCCGUAAGGACUGCGAUGACAUGGCUGAGAGUCUGCAGAGAUCAAAGAUAUUAGCUCUGGCCUAUCACGCAGGCCUGGGAGACAGCGACAGAGAGUAUGUGCAGUCAAAGUGGAUCAACCAGGACGGCUGCCAGGUCAUCUGUGCCACCAUCGCUUUCGGCAUGGGCAUUGACAAGCCUGACGUGCGCUAUGUGAUCCACGCCAGUCUGCCCAAAUCAGUGGAGGGGUACUACCAGGAGUCUGGGAGAGCGGGCAGAGACGGAGAGAUCUCUCACUGUAUUCUCUUCUACUCCUACGCCGACGUGCACCGCAUCAAGAGGAUUCUCACUAUGGACAAAGAAGGUGACAGACAAGCCAAGGCGACUCAUAUGAACAACCUGCACAGCAUGGUGCACUUCUGUGAGAACAUGAUGGAGUGCAGGAGGAUUCAGCUGCUGGCUUACUUCGGGGAGAUGAAGUUCAACAGAGGCUUCUGUAAGGAGCACCCAGACGUCAGCUGUGACAACUGCUCCAAACCCAACCAAUACAAAGUGAGGAAUGUCUCUGAUGAUGUGAAGAAGAUAGUGAGGUUUGUCCAGGAGAAAUGCGAGAAGGUCGGACAGAGGUACAGCCGGACUGCUCAGCAAACGAGACUGACUCUGAACAUGUUGGUGGACAUCUUUUUAGGGUCUAAAUCUGCCAAGGUGCAGACGGGAAUGUUCGGGAUGGGAACAGCCUACUCUAGGCACAAUGCUGACCGACUCUUCAAAAAACUGGUUCUGGACAACAUCCUGAUGGAGGAUCUGUACAUCACUAAUGGCGGCCAGGCUGUGGCGUAUAUCUCUGCCGGAGACAAAGCCAUGAGCGUGCUGUCAGGACACAUGCAGGUGGAGUUCUAUGAGACGGAGAGUGCAUCGACCGUCAGGAAGCACAAAGCUGCUGUGUCUCAGGACGUCUCCCAGAGAGAGCAGAAGGUGCAGGAGUGUCUGAAGGAGCUGCUGGAUCUGUGCAAGCAGCUGGGGAAGGCGUUUGGCAUUCACUAUUACAACAUCUUCUCCACCGCCACAUUGAAAAAGAUAUCUGAGAGGCUUUCUUCGGACCCUGAAGUCCUCCUGCAAAUUGAUGGCGUGACGGAAGACAAACUGGAGAAGUAUGGAGCCGAAGUCAUUCAGGUCCUACAGAAAUACUCUGAGUGGCAGCAGGCGGAGGAACCGGCUGACACCGCUGCAGACGGCUGGAUAGACACGGCACAAGGCCGCGCAUACGGAGACUACGGCGAGGAGGAGGACACAGAGUCUUCCACCUACUUCCGCAGUCAGUCAGCCCAGGGGCAGAAGAGAAAGAAAGCACCAUUCUUCAAGUAUUCCAAGAAGAAAAAAGGCUAUGGCAAUGCGGGUGGCAGCUCUAAAGGUCGUGGCAACAGCAGCAAUAAGCCGUGGUCAUCGUCCGGCUCCAGAGGUGGGUAUAAAGCUGCAGCAGGCCGGGGUUCCAGGAGUUGGGCAGGAGAUGCAUCAGCAGGCAGGACUCCAGGAUUCCUGACCGUCCCAACCCCUCAAACCUACCAGAGACCCUUCCUGAAACCAGCCUUUUCACACAUGGUCUAGGACUGGCCUCUGGAUCUGACACUUUGUUACUGUUUAUCGAUAAUGGUAGGAUUGUAUAUUUAUGUUCUGUACAGUUGUUCUCUUAAUGUCUGCACAGAUUUUCGAUUGCCUGUUGUAAUUCUGACUUUUAACUGUCAAGUUUGAUGUAAAUCCUUCUUUGUAUUAAAGACCAAUUUAACAGUU